AUGGACUAUCUCAAUACGAACUUCACGUCCAUAAAGGAUUUCGAUAUCCUAGACGAAACCAUGUCCAAGCUAGAGAGCGCUAAGUUGGAAAUCGCAAGCGUGGUCAAGCAAAAGGUGGAGUCGAAUGGCGAGCAGCAGCAACAGCAGCAACAUGGCCAAAGCUCAGAAAGCAUAGUGUCGUCUGUUGCAGAACAUAAUGACGGAGUUCCAGAUAUGAUUGUAGGUCAAUUGGAGGAAGUAUGCGCUAGUUCGAAUACUGUGCUCCUCGCAUCGCUCCAGUCUCAGUACGGUAACUUGGCCGUGUUCAACGAAUUGUCAAAGUUGUUUGAACAAAAAUCGGAGUAUGUGCAGAUCUUGCAGGUAUUGGGCGAAUGUAAGGCUUUGGAAGAGAAUGAGCUUAAGAAUUUGCCCGUUGACGGCAGUUCGGUCGAACAGUACCAAGCUGUCUUCAAUGCCAUUCCACAGACUACCCCCACGUUGAAUCAACUUAGCCAGUCACUUCUUACGCAACUAAACGCUAAAAUUUACUUAACUAAAAAUUCGCUACAAUAUAAUCUUGAAUCCAUAUUGAACUCGUUCCAUUGGUUGAAGAAAAACAACGACCAAGAUGGCGGAAUACCGCCGGCAACGUUGAAGUCUAUUCAAUCAUUGAUCAAGAAAUUGAUGACACUCCAGUCAAUAAACCAUAAGCCUGUAUACCCAGACACCUGGUGGGCCAUAGAUACCCUUGUGAAACCAUUUAUAACCAGUUUCCAGUACCACUUCGUAGAUCCAAAGAAACCCACUAACAAAAUCGAUAAGCCUGAAUGGUGCUUGGACUUUAUGGAGAGUUAUGUGAAAGAAAACUUGGAGUAUAUUCUGCUUGUCAUUGGAACUAAUAUUGACCAGUUAAAGAACAGAAUCGUAGAGUAUGAUAUCUUGUCAUCUAUGUUAGUGCCAGUAAGAAGUAAAAUGAUUCAUUCUGCCAAGCAGAUCAACAAGGUAAUCGAAAUUCAGGAGCAGACCAGCAACCCAAGCUCUCAACAGCAAAAACGAGGCCGUGCACUUAGCCAAGUCGAAUUUGAUUCGGACAUUGGAAGACUUUUGUCUCAUUUAAUUUAUGAGUUGUCGUCAUUUGACCAAAGGAUACGUAAUAGGUACAAGUACAACCCGUACAUAGAUAACUAUUUAAGUUUUGACCUGAAUAUUGGUGGUGAGUGGAUGGGGAUCACUGGUGAUAUCAUGCUCGACCCUAAGCUAGAAUUUGUAGCCACAAAUUGGCUCAGUUUUGAGAGUCAAUUGGCCAAGAAGAGAUUUCACAAGGGAAUAUUGAACUCAGAAAACUCUUUUCAAAUUGAUUUUGACUUUAAAGAAAAUACUACCACAACCACAAUCAAGCCAACAUAUUCAGCUUAUAAUUUAGCGAAAUUAUUCGAGAAUUUGACCAGUCACUACGAAACCUUGAACAUUGUGAAAUAUCAAUUGAAAUAUGUACAUAAUAUCCAACUAGAUAUCAUUGAAUUAUAUUGUGACGAAUUGACUAAAAGGUUUAAAAGCUUAAAUCUGAAAUCAGUACUUGAAUAUAUACCUGGAGGUAUUGCCAGCAAGGCCACUAGUUCCAAAAUAAUCAACAGUGCUAGUGGUACAGGAAUAGGAGCUGAAAAGGGAGAAGAUCCCUUCUCCAUACUUAAAUCCAUCACUUCGUUGUACUGUUCUACGAAGUUUAUAAUUGAAAAGAUGGAGCUUUGGAGUGAAGAAUUCAUUUUCAUCAAGCUAUUUAAUGAAUUUCAAAAAGAAAACAGAAUCACAGGAAGCCUUGACAAAGAUCUGACAAUAUUCGAUGAUGAAGUGGUGCUGUAUAGGAAAUUGGCUUCUAGCUUGAUGCAAAAGUUUGAAGUUUAUUUCACAAAGGAAGUUAGAUCCUCCAUGAAGAAAUAUGUAAAUGAUUCCAAGUGGGAUGAGGAAAAUGAAACCAUCGAGGAAGAAAUGGAGGUUUCCAACGAUCUUGGAACGUUUGCAUAUGUAUUACCCGAAUAUCUUCGCUACCUAUCUAAAAGCUUAUCAAGCAUUGACUACUUCUUAGUAUCUAGAGAUGUUUGUUCUAUUGUUGCCAAGACUUUCAGAGAAUUCGUCAUAACAAACAAUAAGUUCAGUGUCAACGGAGUCAAGCAGUUGAGACUUGACUUUGAUUACAUUUUCAGAAUAAUAGGGAAGUUGGUUUACUUAGAAAAGGAUACAUAUUUUGAUAACUCCGAGAAUAAGGAAUACUUAAAGGCUAAUGAAUCAGUACAAUUGUUGGAAUUAGUAAAGCCACAUGAAGUCAAGAGUUAUGGAGGUUAUGAUGCAUACCCUGCCUUGAGAGAUAGGUUUGAGUCACGUUUGCAUCUUUUGAAUGAUUUCGAAAUAUUUGAUUUGUUGCAUAGGAUAAAUAGAAAUUAG